AAACCCCCAACCACCCUCGCAAACAACGCAAGAAGCACGGACUCGGGCACUCGGCUCACGGCGGAGCAAACCCUCUCGGCCUCUCCUCCUGAGUCCUGCCUCCGUCCCUCAUAUAUUAACCGCAAUUUUGUCUUCGCUUCCGUCGCCAGAUUCCUCCGCACCGCCAUGGAUGACCUUGAGCAUGUCAUCCUUCUUGCCUCCGACUCACCUGCUGCCGCAGCGGCGUCCCCAUCUAUCCGCGCGGAGGCUCUCGCCUUCUGCGCCCGCGCCCGCGACGAGUCCCCGCCGUCGUCGCUCCUCCGCCUCUGCCUGUCCGGCAUCGCCUCCUCCCCGCACGCUCAAGUCCACUUUUGGUGCCUCCAGUCCCUCCACGACGCGCUCCUCCGCCGCCGGCUCGUGCUCCCCGACGACCUCGCGUUGCUCCGCUCCUCCCUCCUCUCGCUGGCGGUUUCCUCUCACGCCGGAUCGCCACCGUUCCUCCGCAACAAGCUCGCGCAGCUUGUUGCGCUCCUCAUCCGCCUCGAGUACCCCCAUGUUUACCCCUCUUACUUCAUUGAUCUCCUCCCGCCCGCACCGCCGCAGCCUGGCCCCACGGACAUGUUCGCGCGGGUUCUAAUCUCUCUCGACGACGACCUGCUCUCCCAGGAGUACCCCCGCAAUUCUGGCGAAGCCGCCGACGCUAUGCGGGUGAAGGAUUCCAUGCGCGCACAGUGCGUGUCCCAGAUCGCCAGCCACUGGCACGCCGCCGCCGUGACUCUCCGUACAGCCGACCCUGCGGCUGCGGCGGUGGCCCUUGACGCGGCGCGCAGGUGCAUCUCGUGGAUUGAUGUCGGACUGGUCGCCAAUGAUGUCUUCGUUCCUCUAUUCUUUGACAUUGCGAUGUCCCCUGGAAGCGCGUCUCCACUCGCUGCUGCAGCGGUGGGGUGCCUUUCUGGUGUGGCGUCGAAGAGGAUGGACUCAAGGGCGAAGGUGGGAUUGCUGAGGUCACUCCUGGCUGCACAGCAGGGGCUUGGUAGCCCAGACAAUGGGUUGAAAAUGGCACCUUUGGUGAUAGCAUAUGCUGCAGAGGCUCUCGAAUGUCAUAGCAGGCUUGGCCCUAGUGAUGCUGAUGGAGCUGCAGCAUUGGAGAUGCUGGAAGAGGUGCUACCAGCUGUAUUUGCAGCUGCAGAGAGCGGUAACGAUGAAGAUGUGGAUUCUGGUUCCGUGCUUGAGUUCUUAUCUGGCUAUGUGAGCACAAUGAAGGCACCAUCUGAGAAGCAGUUGGGGCACUUGGGACGGAUCUUGGAGGUGGUGCGGGUACAGAUGUCAUUUGAUCCAGUAUAUAGGGGGCAUCUUGAUGUGCUUGACAAGAUAGGGAAGGAGGAGGAGGACCUCAUGGCAGAGCAACGGAAAGAUUUGAUCGUAUUAUUCCGGAGCAUUUGUCGUGUUGCACCAGCUGCAGCUCAGCUAUUCAUAAGUGGGCUGAUUGUGACAGCUCUCUCAUCUGCAGAAGCUAGUGUGGAGGAUGUUGAGGUUGCUCUUACCCUGUUCUUCCGGCUUGGAGAAGCUGUGGGUGAGGAGGAGAUUCGGACUGGGGCAGGGCUGAUAGGCCAGCUUGUGCCCAUGCUCCUAACUGCGAGGUUCUCGUGUCACACACACCGCUUAGUUGCAUUGGUGUACCUGGAGACAGUAACCCGCUACAUGAAGUUCAUGCAGGAGCAUGUGCAGUAUGUACCACACCUGCUUGGCGUGUUCUUGGAUAACCGUGGAAUACACCAUCAGAAUGCCCACGUGAGCCGUCGUGCAGGAUACUUAUUCAUGAGGGCAGUCAAGUCAUUGAAGGCAAAGCUAGUGCCUUACCUGGAUACCAUACUGCAGAGCCUGCAAGAUGUACUAAGUCAAUUCACUUCUAUGAAUUGGCCAAACAAGGAUACUAAGUUUCCCAGCUCAGAGGACGGCAGCCAAAUUUUUGAGGCUGUUGGAUUACUGAUAGGCAUUGAAGAGGUAUCACCAGAGAAGCAGGCUCAGUUCUUGACCGCUCUUCUAAAUCCUCUCUGUCAUCAGGUUGAGUCACUUGUUAUGGAUGCCAAAGCACGAGGGCUUGAGGAAUCAUCACCAAUGGCUAUUAGCCUUCAACAAAUUAUUGUUGCAUUGAAUAUGGUCAGCAAGGGCUUCAAUGAGCGUCUUGUGAUGGUAAAUAGGCCAGCUAUUGGGAUCAUGUUUAAGAAAACCCUUGAUGUAGUUUUGCAAGUCCUUGUUUCAUUUCCUAGCGUGAGACCUCUGCGAUCUAAGGUCAUAUCGUUUCUGCAUCGUAUGAUCGAGAUAUUAGGUCUCUCAGUGCUUCCCUGUAUUCCAAUUGCACUGAGACUAUUGCUUCUUGACAACGAGGCUAAAGAUAUGGUGGAAUUUCUCGUAUUGGUAAACCAAAUAAUCUGCAAAUUUAAAUCGUCAGCUAGCGCCAUAUUGGAGGAAAUAUUUCCUACUAUUGCAAGUCGUUUGUCUGCGAUAUUAUCACAAGAUGCAUUUUCAGCUGGUCCUGCAAGCAAUACUGAGGAAAUGCGAGAACUGCAAGAGCUGCAGAGGACAUUAUACACAUUCUUGCAUGCUAUGGCAACACAUGAUCUUUCUGCAGUUCUCCUUACUCCUAGCUCUAGGGAGUAUCUGGAGACCAUAAUGCAGUUGCUUUUAUUUACCUCAUACAAACAUAGAGAUAUACUACUGCGCAAGGCAUGUGUACAAAUUUUUGUGAAUCUUGUAAAAGACUGGUGCUCUAACUCUGAAGAUAAGGUUCCAGGCUUCCGAGUAUUUAUGAUUGAGAAGUUUGCUACUAAUUGCUGUUUAUACAGCGUCCUUGAUAAAUCAUUUGAUUUACGCGAUGCAAACUCGCUUGUCCUUUUUGGUGAAAUUGUGCUGGCCCAGAAGAUUAUGUAUGAAAGAUUUGGGGGGGAUUUCAUUGUGAACUUUAUAGCAAAAGGUCUUUCUGGAGUUCACUGCCCACCGGACCUAGCUGAACAGUACUACCAGAAGUUAAAGGGAAAUGAUAUCAAGGCAUUCAGGUCAUUUUAUCAAUCGCUUGUUGAGAGAAUAAGACCGCAGGGGAAUGGGAGUCUUGUUUUCAGAUAGCAUCAUCCUUUCAUUUUCAAUAUGUUUUCCACCAAAAGAUACCUCAACUGUGUUAUUUAAUUAUAUUUAUAGGCUAGUUGUGCCGUCAAUGUACAUAGAGCUACCAUUUCUGCGAUCGGAAGACGUAUUACUGCGGCAUUAUCUUUACCAAGUCUGGCAACCAUGGUUGUGCCCUUAUUCAUUGUAUUCUAUCUGAGGUGCAGGGGAAUUCAUCCUGCAAUAGUUUGUACUAGGAAGGAAUCACAGGGUUCCAUUUUCUUAUUUUGCCUAUAUCCCCAAAUCAUAGGCUGUUCUGCUGUCUGGGCCUGAAAUUUUGCAAGGUACUUCCAGUGAACUACUGCCUCCGUUCUCGAAUAUUUGUUGCCCGCUAGUAUAUUUUUAAACUAAACCACGACAAAUAAAAAAGAACGGAGCGAGUAAUCGGUAAGGGGGCAAAAGAGUGUUGCGUAGGCUGUGUUUUUCAUGACAAAAAAUGCCGCACCGCCUGUUGUGUCGUGAGUCGUGCUACACCAGUUUUGCGAAACGGCAACUGGUUUUGCACCCCCUAUUGCCAUCUGGGGUGAUGUACAUAUUCUUUUUUUUCUUUCUCGUUUUCCCCAUUUGAUUUCAUAAAUUAUUUUGUCGCCUACUUCACCAAUCUGAUGAUCCAGUGAUGACAGAGCAUGCCAUGUCAUGCUGGUGCCUGCAAAUGCUGUAUCUGAUGAGGAAUUCCAUGGCCCAUGUUGCUGUUGUCUCAACUGCUGCAAGUUUUGUUGGUCGGUUCUUAUUUGAGCCCAUCCUGUUCGGUAUUGGAGCUUGUACAGAACAACACCGAGGUGCAUGAUAUUCUUGACUGAAUAAAAUUAAUUGACGACACUGUUUUUACGUAAGGAAGGAUGAGGAUAAUUUGGAGACAUAGGUCUAACCACCGGAAAUAGUAAGCGGGAAUCUCUUGUAUGUCUUUUUUUAUAUAGUGUGGCAUGAGUCGUGUCAACCUCAGCUCAGCUGAAAGGGCUCAAGUUCGUGCCACAACACAACUGGAAGAGCUGCGGCCGUGGCCAAGGAGGGAAAUGCCAAACAACAGCAACACCAUUACACCAACAAAACUAAGGGAGAAAGACCAGGGUGUUACUUGUAUUGUAUAUAUCACUCCGCAGAAUUUUUGUCGUCACAAAGACACAAAUGAAGGAGCGCUAACAACCAUUAUCGGUGUUAAUAAUAAUAUUGUAUUUGGCUGC